GUCACGUGGUACGUGUUCCUAAGAUAUUAUGCGCAGUUUCAAUGGAACUCGAGUUAUAUCAGUCGCCAAGCUUAUGGAUGUGAUGUGGUGACUGGUGUAGAGGCACCACAGAUGGGAGUGCACCGUGCCUGGCCGCAGGACGAGCCCGCCAGAUAGGUGCUCCCAGGAUGUGUCAGCAACAAAGCACAGUAAUCUGAAUUGCUGGUGUGUAAAGGAGAUGCCAGAUUCUUGGGAGGCUGGGCAGGUGUUUUGAAUGACUUCACAAGCACAAAAAGAUUGCAAUCCCCAAGGCACCAUGAGGGCUGUUUCAGGAAUGUUGUGGCCCUAGCAUAGGAUGACCCAUGAUCUUCAGUUAUGGUGUGAGGAUUGUCAAACGAGCCAAGAGGGAGAUUGUCAGAAGCAUGGUCCAUUGAAAAAAGUGGCAGACACAGAAGUAUCUACCCGUGCAAGACGUUCCAUUCCACAUAUUCUUCAGCUGAAGGAAGAAGCCUCGCAUAUUGGUGUUUUUGCCAAGACAUCACUAAGCAAGCGACUGCAAUUUGGUCCACUUCAGGCCAAGAGAAUUCCUGCAGGUAGCCAACAAGCAGCAGUUGAAGAAAAGAUCAAAGAAAGAUUUGGUGUUGUAUACAAGAUAAUACGUAAGGAGGGAGAGUGCCUGCUUUUGGAUACUCUGCAAGAGGAACUCAGCAACUGGAUGAUAUUUGUGCGGCCAGGGGAAAAAAAAGCAGACCAAAAUUUAGUGGCAUUUCAAUAUAAGGGAGAAAUAUAUUUUGCAACAAUCAAGGAAAUUCCAGCACAAUGUGAGCUCAAAGUUUGGUAUUCAAAGGACUAUGCUGAAAGGAUGGGAACAAGAAUACUUGCUGAGGAAGGUGUUUCAUGGCAGUUUCGUACUCGUCAAAGGUUUCGUUGUCGUGGAUGUGAGGUUGUUUUCAGUAGUGCUGCCAGCUUGGCCAACCACCGCUGUGUGAGAACAACUGAAACUCCCAAAAGUGAAGCUGUAAGUAGUCGUGGAAGGCAAGGCAAGAAGAGUAGCAGGCGAAGUGGGGAAUCUGUCACGCCUGUCCCUUCCACUUCAGGUAAGAGAGCAGUAACCAGGAAAGGUUUGCAACAACAGCAGCAGCAGCAGCAGCAGCAGCAGCAGCAGCAGCAGCAGCAGCCAAGUGGUAAGCCACUGUCAAAGUUAAAGGUGGAAGUUGACUCUUCUGGGGAAUCAAGCGACUCUGAAGAACUUGAAGUUUUAUCCCCUCACCGCAGGAGCCCAAGGUCAAGUCCUAGAGGGAGAGGUAGUGUGUAUGCUUGUGAUAUUUGUAAAAAAGUAUUUCUUAGUCCUGGAAAAUUGAAGCAGCACUCCUACUCCCAUACUGGAGAGCGGCCUUUCUCGUGCACCCUCUGCCACAAGGCAUUUUCCUCCCGGUUCAAGUUGGUGCGGCACCAGCUGAUACACACCACUGAACGGCAGCACCAAUGUCCUCGCUGUGAGCGUAGUUUUCACCGUAAAGAUCAUCUAAAAAACCAUAUUCAAAUCCAUGAACCUAAUAAGCAGUUUAAGUGCGAAAAAGUUGACUGUGGCAAAGAGUACAAUUCUUAUAUGUCAUAUAGAAAACACUGUGCAGUGCAUGCUGCUGAAGAAGGAGACCUGCAGUGCAAAAUUUGUCAGAAAAUGUUUGAAACAAAGCCUGACCUCAUUUAUCAUCUUAAAGUACAUGUGGGGUCACGUUCUGUGAAAAGUCCGAGUGAAAAGAAAUUUCAGUGUGAUCACUGUGACCGUCGGUUCUUUACACGGAAAGAUGUGAAGCGUCACCUUGUAGUUCAUACUGGUAAGAGGGAUUUCAGCUGCACUAUUUGUCCUCAGAAGUUUGGCAGGAAAGACCAUUUAGUGAGGCACAUUAAAAAAAGCCAUGGUAUUGCGGAUUUAAGCCGUAUGGAGGGUCUUGAUUUCAGUGCCACACCAAGGUCUGCACCUCAAGCAAUUUCUCCUAAUAUAAAUGUCACUUCUUCAUCCCCUUCUACAUCAAGCACUCAUCCAUUACCCAUGGUAGUGUUGCCAGAGCCAGUGGCAGGGCCAUCUGGACUGUCUGGCUCCUCUGGCCUCUCAGGUUCUACUGGUCUUCUGGAACAAGGGGAACCCCAAUUUAUCACACCAUUCCAACAAGACAUAUUUGAGGAAACAGUAAAGGAAGAACCUGAACUCCAGCCAAGUAUGGAAGAAAUAAGCCCUGGAGGGGAUGAUUUAAGUAAGAUUCUUGGGAUGUAUCUGCCCUCAGGUUCGAUUAAUCUCCCUGGUCCCUCUUUACUAGAACCGGCUUCAAGCCGCAGUGAUGAAGGGGAGUCUCAGCGCAGCAAUCUGGAGUCUGUUAUGUUGCGUCUGAUGCCAGAGGACCACAAAGAGUCAGUAUUGCAGAGCUUCCCACAGGAAUCCACAGAACCAAGAGGUCUCAUUACAACAUCUCCAAGGGAAGAAUACAGCCCAGAAGGCAUAAUGUCUGCUGGGUUAAUGUCAAGUGAAUCAUCGGGUGUUUCUACAAGGUCUCUGCACUCCCCAGGGCCAGUAUCCCAGCUCUCAGGAAGUGGUAUGCCUGUUGCCGCCACCACAUCCACCACUGUUGCUGCUGCUGCCACUCCUGCCACCUCCACAACCUCAAGUACAUCAGUCUCAAGAACUGCCUCACAGUUCCCCUCAUUGCCUGGUUUUGAUGAAGUGUUCCCAUCUUGAAUAUACUAAGGGUUGUGACACUAGCUAAUGUGUACCUCUGAUUAUGCAAAUAGAGUUUUGUCCAUAGAAAAAAAAACUUUAUAACUAAUUUUGCAGCAUUUCAUAAGAAUCAUGCAGGUAACAGUUAUACACAAAAUGUUGAAAGGACUAUAUAUAUAUGUAUAAUGUAAUGCAUAGAAAUAUGCAGUAGAGUCUCAUGCUUGAUAUUUGAUGUUUCACCAUUUUGGCACUGAGAUCAGAUAAUACUGACUAAGCAAUUUGGUGAUAUGUGUGUAAACGUGAUACACAUGUAUCCCCUUUUAUGUGGCAGCCAUUGUUAUGACAGUUCUCUCCAGUCCCUUGCUCUUAUCAUUUGAUGGCAAAAGGCAGUCCAUACUGGCUUUUUAUCAGUCCAAAGAUCCAAUUACAUAACAACUCAAGAUAUGUUUAUUCUUUAAGUGCCAAGUCUAGAGUGGCUAGUCAGAACAUGCCAGAGCUAACUUGCAGAUCUGACUAUGAUAAAAAAAGAAAAAAAGAAAAGAAAAAAUAGUGGCAAA